CCCGGAAGCGCCAACAGAGCAGGGGAAGGAGGGCAGCCUCCGUCCAGAACGCCACGAAGUCGCCCCCUGAUCUGCCUGGGCCCCUCCUGCCCCCCUCCUUUGACAGCCAUGGCGUCCUCACAGCCCUCUGGUUCCAACUGGGGCCUCAUCAUGAACAUCGUCAAUAGCAUCGUCGGCGUCAGCGUGCUCACCAUGCCCUUCUGCUUCAGACAGUGUGGCAUCUUUCUGGGAGCCCUGCUGCUUAUUUUCUGCUCCUGGAUGACUCAUCAAUCCUGCAUGUUCCUAGUGAAAUCAGCCAAUCUCAGCAAACGCAGGACCUAUCCUGGGCUAGCCUUCCAUGCCUAUGGAAAACCUGGGAAAAUGCUGGUAGAAACUAGUAUGAUCGGACUAAUGUUGGGAACCUGCAUUGCUUUUUAUGUUGUUAUUGGUGACUUGGGAUCAAACUUCUUUGCCCGGUUGUUUGGACUUCAGGUGAGCGGCUGGUUCCGGAUAGUCCUGCUCUUUAUUGUCUCCCUCUGCAUAGUGCUUCCGCUGAGUCUCCAGAGGAACAUGAUGGCUUCCAUACAGUCCUUCAGUGCCAUGGCUCUGAUCUUUUACACAGUGUUUAUGUUUGUGAUUGUGCUCUCUGCCUUCAAACAUGGCCUCUUUGGUGGCCAGUGGCUGCAGCGGGUCAGUUACGCCCGCUGGGAGGGCAUUUUUCGCUGCAUUCCUAUCUUUGGCAUGUCUUUUGCCUGUCAGUCCCAGGUCCUGCCAACCUAUGAUAGUCUGGAUGAGCCAUCUGUUAAAAUCAUGAGCUCCAUAUUUGCCUCAUCACUAAAUGUGGUCACUGCCUUUUAUGUUAUGGUGGGGUUCUUUGGCUAUGUGAGCUACACAGAAGCCAUUGAGGGGAACGUGCUCAUGAACUUCCCUUCUAAUUUGGUGACUGAGAUGAUACGCGUCGGGUUCAUGAUGUCUGUAGCAGUUGGGUUUCCUAUGAUGAUUCUACCUUGCCGGCAGGCACUGAAUACCCUUCUCUUCGAGCAGCAGCAAAAAGAUGGGACAUUUGCUGCAGGUGGUUACAUGCCACCUCUUCGAUUUAAAGCCUUGACUCUGACUGUUGUAUUUGGAACCAUGGUUGGAGGCAUCAUGAUCCCAAACGUGGAGACCAUCUUGGGCCUAACAGGUGCAACAAUGGGAAGCCUCAUCUGUUUUAUCUGUCCAGCUCUCAUUUACAAGAAAAUCCACAAGAAUGCACUUUGCUCACAGCUCAUACUCUGGAUUGGUUUGGGAGUAUUGCUCAUCAGCACUUACACCACCUUAUCUGCAACCCCAGACAUCCCAGCAAAAAUAGAGUCUGUGGAACCAGGAAAGCUGCCAGGAGAAAUAAAGAAUGUACUAGAUGAAGAUCCUGUCAAAAUCGCAGACCAGAACCCAGCAGUGGAAGAGGCGGUUCAUAAGCAUGACAAGCCUAUAUUGCAUAAUGGGAAAGAAGAGGUGGAACAACCACAGAUCAAGGUUCCUAUGGAUGUGCCCAGUAGAGAUGGGAAAGAGAAACCAAAGGAAGAGGUGCAGCUGGACCGACCUGACCAAGGUUUUGCACAGCCUGUAGGAGAAGCCCAUCGCCAUGAGCCACCAGUACCACAUGAUGAGGUAGUGGUGGAUGAGGGUCAGGAUCAUGAGGAGCCUGAAGAGAAGCGACCACCAGCCAACAAGGAAGUCCUAGUGGAGGAAAGUCCUGUGUUGGGAGAGGACCGAGCACUGCCACAACCUGUUCCUGAACAAGCAAAAGGAGAUGGUGGCCAGGAAAAGCUGGAGGACCAUCCUGUGAAAGACCUCAAGCUUCUGCCAGAUUUGGAUGCACAUAAAGAUGAGCAUCCCCCUUAUAAAGACCUUGAGCUGGAUGAGCAGGGUGAGAGAAGAGAUAAGGCUGUGGGUGGGAAAGAUGAUGCCAUUCCACAGGAAGGAAGGACAGCUGUUGAGGAGGAGAAUGAAACAGGUGAAAAGAGGGAGUUGCUUCCUCCAGAGGGGCUAGAACCAGCUCAGGCUGAGGAGAGAGAGAUCCGUAACGCUGAGGAGAACGCAAACAUCAAGCUGGAGGAAGCUGGGCAGAAGAAGCUACUAGACCAUGCAGUCCUGUUGCAAGUGAUUAAGGAACAGCAAGUUCAGCAGAAGCAGCUCUUAGACCAGCAGGCAAAGCUCCUAGCAGUGAUUGAGGAACAGCAUAAAGAGAUCCAUCAGCAGAGGCAAGAGGAGGGAGGUGAAGAAAGACCAAAGCAAGAAAUACACCAGGAACCUGUCCUCCUUUUCUCCAAGAGUAAAGAAAGAGAGGAUGGCUUUGAAAAUGAAGAUGUUGCAAACAAUAUACCUAAUGAUACACCAAAUCAUCCCCUGCAUGUUGUGGACAGUCAGCACUUAGACUCUGAUGGCCAGAAAAGACAGCAAGCCACAGGUCCAGGAGAGCAGAAACAAAUGCGCAGCAAAUUAACUGGAGCUCCACCUAAAAACCCUGCAGCUCCUGUACAAAAUGAUAAAAUUGCACAGCACCAAGCUGGGAAAAACCCAGCAGUGAAGUUAGUGGAUUCGGUUAGAAGUGAUUCACAGAUUGCAAUGGCUGAUGGAUAUCAACAAGAAAAGCAAGCAAAAGGUGAGGGGUUGAAAGAAGGCCAGGAUAUUCAAGAGGCACAAAAUGUCCAAGAAAAGAUCAAGAAUGCUAAGAAAAGAAAUGAGGUUGCAGAAAGAGCUGAAGGCCAAAGAGAAAUGCUUGACGCAGCUAUAGCCCACGGAGUAGAUGGGAGGAUUUCAGAGAGAGAGAGAGUUGUCAAAGAGGGUAAAAAAAAGGAGUCUCCUGAUCGACAACAGCAAAAAGAUCCUGCAUAUAAACCAAAGGCAUCUGAAAAGAUGCAAGAAAACUUGGUAGACCCAGAAGCUAUAAAACCCGACAAAUUUGGGGAGAAAGAGGCCUUAUCUUUGGAUCAGCUUGGUAGAGCACACAGCCAGGGGGGCAACAGUAAAGACAGAAUGGCAGCUGGAACCCAUAGUCCACAGAGAAAGGUAGGGUUGGAUUCAGUGAGAGAGCUAAAGGAACCAGAGAAGUUGCAUAAGUCUGAUAAUGACCAUGUCUUAAAGCUGGAACAGGUUCGAGCUGCCCCCAGAGACCAGGAAAAUGCCAAACCCAAUAGGGAUCUGAAGCUGCAAGCUGAGCUGGACUUGCGCCGCAGGAGGCGAGACCUAGAAGAGGAAGGAGGGGAACCAGGGGGGGUGAUAAUUGGACUGAACCCCCUCCCAGAUGUGAAAGUCAAUGAUCUCCGUAGUGCUCUGGAGACUCGAUUAAAUCAGGCAGCAGAAGGUGCUCAGCAAGCACUUCACAGUCGACAGAUUAAACAGAUACAAGAGGUGGAGGAAGAAGUGUGACGGACCAAGUCUUUGCACUAUUGGGAUAUGGUGCAGGAAGCCCAUGGCCAUUUUGGGAUGUCUUUUUGUUGAGCUACUUGCACUCAGAUAUGUGAAUAUUAGCAGUUUAAAUCAGCUGGGUGCUGAGUCUUGAGCAAUCAUUGAACUGCACAUGUUCCAGGAGGCAGAAAUUCUAUUGCUGCCAGUCAGUAUCUGGUAGAAUACCAAAAUGCCCUCUCUCUUUCCACUGUACUGAUGACUAGCCUGAAAAACCCAGGUUCGUCCAACUGAGUUUUGAAGAGUGCUUUGUAUUUGCCAUCUUUCCAAAGAAGCAUUUUCAUUUUAUUCUUGCUCAUUUGCCUUGAGCUCAUUGCUUUAAUUUCUGUGUUUGGAACUGGAGUCUGUUCUCCUACUUGUCAUUCAGUCUUGUUGGAAGUGGAUUUGCAUCCCUUAAAUUAAUCUUGGAUUAGUUUGUUCUCUGACUACCCCAUGGGUAUGUCUGCCAUUCCAAGUAGUAUCAGGAAGCUGAAAGAAGUUCCUUACGUGUCUAAAAUGGGAAGAUUCUGGGGAGAAAUUUUUAGGAAUGUAGAGGUUGUUAGGACCUAGAUGCAUUUUUAAAAUAGGCUCAGAAAUGGCUGUUCCAAUCUUCUUCGGCUAGUGAUCCACAUUAGCAAUAAUAAAGAGGUUACCUUCCCUUUCUUGGCUAUGAAACUUAGGUUUAUGCUUUUAAAACAUUCCUAUCCCAAGUGCAUUAUAGAACCAUACUGUGCAUGAAGACUCUGUAAGUUACUUGCUGCAAGAGGAAACAAUACUGUAUUUAGAAAGUCAAAUGAAGGGAUUUCAAGGAGGCAUUAUCCAAGUGGGACAGCUUCUCUACCUCUUUCCUCCAUUUGGCAAGUACAUGCAUUGUGAUUUAAAGCUUCCCCCACAACCGUGUCUUCAGGUGUGUGGGUCUGAUCUGUGACUUGCAAAUCAGUCAUUUGAGCAGAGCUGGUUUGUUUCAGGCUUCCUGGUAGGAAAUACGGCUUUUGUUAUUAACAAGUGAUAUGGCAAAAUGAAAAUCCUUUUUUGAUUACUGAAUGUAUAUAAUAUCCAGAGAUAUCUGAGAAACUCUCCAAGCUGCAAAAAGAAUAGAAUUGGGAACUGUAAGAGCAUUUUUCUGUAAAGGUGGGGGGAGGGGGGGAGAUCAUUGAGUUUGUACAAUGACUUCUUAUCUCCUAUGAGUAUACUUUCAUAGAAUAGUCAUGGGUUCAGAAAUGCUAGUGCUGACCAUACUUCCAAAACAGCUCUGCCCAUUUGGGUGUCCCCCAGAUGUUAGACUAUGGCUCUCACUGUGCACAGUAGGUUGAUAGGAGUUACAAUCCAAUCCAUCUGUGGAAUAACUGAUUGGAGAAAGUUGCAUGAAGGCCAUAGUCUUUCCUGAGAAAUGAAAUCAAGUUGGGUCCUCUUUGCCGUAUCUUUUUGUGAAAUGUGCUUGAUUUAUCUCCAUUCAAGGAGAGAAAUGUGGCUGGUUCCACUUGCCUACUUUGAAGGCCAUUUUGCCUUGUCAGGAACAUGAUUGUCAUUAUAGCCUUAAUCUUCAGGACCAACAUUAAACCAUAGUCUAGUGUGACAGUUAGCUAAAGCCAGCUUCUGGCUUUCAUACUUUUGCCCUUCUCCUCCUCCAGCACUGCCAUGGGGAGUUUAGUGUUUCUUCUCCUUUUGAAUAAUCACUACUUGUCAUGUUGUAUGAACUAACAAACUGUUGGUGUUGUUCACAUUAGCAUUAAUGAGUUAACAUUAACCAACAGUGUCUUAGAAUGACAUGACUAAUUGUGAUGAAGCAAAAACUUCCACAACUUACCUGACAGAGAAGACUAUGCAGACUCAACAUUUGCUCAGACUAAACUAUGGUUUAGCACAGCUAUUCCUAUUUUAGGGUUCCCAGUUGACUUUGGACAUCACUUUUGGCUGCGGGUGAUGACAGCUGUGGUGUAACAGCAUGAGACAACCCUCAGUUUAGGAAGUAUAGCAUAACAUAUUUGAAUGCAACCAUUGUCUGUUGCUGCUAAAAGCACAAUCAGGUCAUAGCCAGGGCUGCUGGCUGUUGCUUAAAUCCCAUAAGUAACUAUGGUCUCUCUGUGUAGUAUGUUCCUUGUAAAUACCAAGAAAAUUUCUUUAAUAUGAAUGUCUAUAGAGGUGUCAACGGAAUGUCCUGUCAAGCUUUUUUCUAAUCAAGGGUGAUGUGACCAAGCAUCAUGACUAAAGGACCAAAGAUACUUCUGACAUUAUUCGAUAGAGAAACUGGACUUUAAAUGAGGCAUUUCCAAGCAGCUAUGGAUGGGAAACAUAGUAAGGAGGGGGCAGUAGGUUUCAGUUGGAAUGCCUCCCUUGGUGCAACAACACAAGUUCCAAUUUGCAGUGUUGUAUACUGGCAAGCAGCUGGGACUAUGAGAAAGCUGCACAAAUCAAUAAAGCAAAUGCAAACAUU